AAAUUUACCAAUCACUAAGCUUGUUGUGUGUCGAAGCAAAAUCCAUACAUCAUUAAAAUCUAACCCGGGGACACGAGUUUUCUCGAAAUGCCGGGGAAUAAGCCCAAAAAAGAGAAGACAGUCACGAAAACUACGCCUGGCUCCAAAGCUAGUGCAAAAGAAAAUUCUGAAAAUGCUGAAAAUGAGAACAAGAAAAAGCCGGCAAAGAUUCAACUUCCAGAACAUCCACCACCAGCACAGAUCAACAAACUGAAUUUCACUGGACCACCAACCAUAAAGAAAGACAAAAGACAAAACUCAUCAAGAUUUAAUGUCACAAAAAACAGAGAAUUGCAAAAACUACCAUUGCUGAAAGAUUCAACACCAGCAGAAAGAGAAGAUUUAUUUAUACAGAAAAUCAGGCAAUGUUGUGUUCUAUUUGACUUUGUAAUAGACCCUCUUAGUGAUUUAAAAUGGAAAGAAGUGAAAAGAGCAGCACUGAAUGAAAUGGUGGAAUUUGUAUCGCACAAUAGAGGUGUCAUCACAGAACCCAUCUAUCCUGAAGCUAUACAUAUGUUUAGUGUAAAUUUAUUCAGAACAUUACCUCCUUCAUCAAAUCCCCAUGGUGCAGAGUUUGAUCCAGAAGAAGAUGAACCUGCAUUAGAGGCAUCAUGGCCACAUUUACAGCUUGUGUAUGAAUUUUUUCUGAGAUUUUUAGAGUCUCCAGACUUCCAGCCAAAUACAGGGAAAAAAUAUAUUGAUCAAAGAUUUGUGUUGCAACUUUUAGAAUUAUUCGACUUUGAAGAUCCACGAGAAAGAGAUUUUUUAAAGACACUUUUACAUAGGAUUUAUGGAAAAUUUUUAGGUUUAAGAGCAUAUAUACGAAAACAAAUCAACAAUAUAUUUUACAGCUUUAUAUAUGAAACAGAGCACCAUAAUGGUAUAGCAGAAUUGUUAGAAAUCUUAGGAAGUAUUAUUAAUGGUUUUGCCCUACCAUUAAAAGAAGAGCACAAAGUAUUUUUGUUAAAAGUUCUAUUGCCUUUACAUAAAGUGAAGUCUUUAAGUGUGUACCAUCCACAACUGGCGUACUGUGUUGUUCAGUUUCUGGAGAAAGACCCAAGUUUAACAGAACCUGUAAUAAUGGGACUGCUUAAAUUUUGGCCAAAAGUACAUAGUCCAAAAGAAGUUAUGUAUUUGAAUGAAUUGGAAGAAAUUUUGGAUGUGAUAGAACCUGCAGAGUUUACUAAAGUAAUGGUGCCACUGUUCAAACAGCUUGCCAAAUGUGUGUCUAGUCCACAUUUUCAGGUGGCAGAAAGAGCACUAUACUUCUGGAAUAAUGAGUACAUCUUGAGUUUGAUCAGUGAUAAUGCCUCAACUAUACUACCAGUUGUGUUCCCAGCUUUGUAUAAGAGCAAGGAACAUUGGAAUAAGACAAUCCAUGGCCUAAUUUACAAUGCAUUAAAGUUAUUUAUGGAAAUGAAUCAGAAACUGUUUGAUGAUUGUACACAGCAGUAUAAAGCAGAAAGACAAAAAGAAAAAGAAAGAAUGAAAAAUCGAGAAGAUGCAUGGACAAAGGUCAACAAUUUGGCAAUUGGAAAUCCACAAUAUAAAGAAGUUGCAACUAAGUAUAUGGAAAAUGGUGAGAAAACAAGAAAUCCUGGAACACCCAAUAGUUUAGAUGAGGACACAGAUAUUAAUAUGAAAGAAUUAGAAAAAGAAGCCAAUGAGAUGUCUUCAAAUUAUGGUGAAUUACGACAGCUCUAUCAGGAACAGAUAACGAAGAAAAAAGGCAAGGGAGACAAGCCAUUGUUGCGGCGAAAAUCCGAACUACCACAUGACAUAACUAUGAUAAAAGCGUUAGAUAGUCAUAAAAGACAUGAUGAAUAUCUCCCAACAAAUUCAGAGGGCAAUUCAGCUACAACUACCUGAGACCAAAAAUUGAUUUAUUCAUAAAUCAUGGACCAUUUUUUGUCGUAAUGUUGGGACAUUCAAUCUCUUUAUCUGGUGUCUGCAAGUUUAUUGUAUAGUAGAGAUGAUAAAAAAAGUAAGUGAAUGAGUGCAAGUGAGAGUAACUGCUACAAAUUUUUAUAUUGUAUAUAAUCGAAGAGUAAAAGUGAAGAUUUUAUGGAAUAUAUCAUCCUGUAUGAAGUGAGUUCUGUGUACAUUUAUGUGCGGGUCAAGAUUUUGUAUAAUUGCAAUUCUGUGAUAAAUAGUCCAUUAAAUUAACUUGCAGCACCCUGUGAUACUCCACCCACUUUGCCUUAAAAGGAAUGGGAGGAGUCACAACUAGAAAUGCCUGAUAGAUUUAUGUACAUUUUUGUUUUCUCAUAGAUGUACCUCAGGUAAAUAUCAUGCAAAUGGAGUUCAGACAGUAAAUGCUUUUACCACAUAAGAUUUUGUACUGGAUAUAUGUGUGUGUUUUACUAAGGCAAUCUUUGAUGAUUGCAUACCAAAAUAGUUUACCAGCAUAAAUGUAAGGCUUUUAUUAUGUAGAUCAUCUCCAUAUAUCCUACCGGUGUUGUUGAUUUGUCAGAAAAAAGGUCUUAUCAAAUAAAUUUUUGCCAAAGUUACAGAUGAUCAUUACAUUUAGAUAAUCAUCACAAAAUGUAUUUGCCAACGUUAAAUAGAGGUCACAUAUCAAUAAGAUUAUUGUCAAUGGAAAUUGAUAACCUGUAUAUGGUACAGAUGUAAAUACUCUUUUCAUUGCAACAGGUUUAAUCUGUUUGAAUGAUAUACUGUAUAGCACUUUCCCUUUGAAAACAGACAUGAUGGUAUGACAUGACCAACAAUCAUAUAAAUCUUAAAUGAAUCAUUAUCAGUCGAACCAGUUCAAGUAGCACAUUAUACAGUGCAUACAGUAUUAUUGUACACAGAAUAUAGACCCCAUCAACUGCUUUUAUAGUCUAGUCAGAAAAACAAUUAAAUGCAGUAUUUAAUCCAAUUCUGACAGGACAAGUAUUAAUUUGCCUUACUAAAUAUAUGUAUCAGUAUAUAUGUGUUUGCAUUAACUGUGAUUAACUAUUGGCAAUGUAAUAUUAUUGUUUAUUGUUAAAAGUAGAUGAUAACGGGACGAUCAUACAUGUAUUGCAGAUUGGGCAAAAUUCGUAUUCGUAACAUUCUUGAAAAAAGUGCUAUUUUUGUUAGCUAUUUACUGUUGUUAAUUUAUUGUGAAAAAUUGUUCAUACCAAAAAAAAGUAAUGAAUUUUGUUUGUGAUUUCUGGUAAUUGUGGUGAAACUUUUGUAAACCAAACUCUCAAAUAGAAUUUAAAAUCAUAAGUCUUUUGACUUCUGCAAAUAAUUAUAUAAUUCAGGACAAAGUGGGAAAGAUGGUUUAAUUUUUUCUUUUCAAGAACUCCAGAAAUCAAAUGAAAUGAAAGAAAAUUUCUAUUGAAAGUUCUUAUUACUUUCAUAUAUAGUUGAAGGAAAUUUGAAAGAAAAUGUAUGUCAGGUAUUUAAAGAAAGAUUUCUGUAAAAAAUAAAUGCAUUUUAAAUUUGUUAGUUACUUCAUUCAUCUGCUUAUUCUCAAGCAGUAAUAUGUAAAUUUUAUGUGCAUGGUCAUGAGGUCAUAUAUUGAUGUGUUCAUUUACUAUUGUACACAAAGUUAUCUUUUCUAACAUUUAUAAUAGAUGAAAAAUAUCAAGACAUGUAGCAAAAUGCAGCUAUGAGUAGACAUUUUUUGAACUGCAACAGCUUUGCUCAUUGGAUAUAGAAUGUUUGUAACUUUUUUCUUUGUACUUGACUUUCAGUUCAAAGGCAUAAAAAUGACAGAAAAUCUACAUUUUUGUAUGAUCUAAAACGUUCAAACAAGUAACAGCAAAACAAUUAAGAUCCAUUUCCCCUAUCAGAUUUGUUUAGACUAAUAAAAUGAAAAUGAAUUUGCUACUAUUUGGAUUAUAAGAUACAAGGUUUCACUGUACAUUAUUUCCAUUUCCAUGUUUGUUAGGAUGAUGAGGACUGAGAGAUAGUUACAAUAAGUAUAAUUAGUUAUGAGUGAGUUUGUUAACUAACUGUUGUUAUGUUUGUUAAGUAGUCUUCUUGUUAUUUUAAGAUGGGAUCAACAAAACAUUUUUGCAAUAUUUUUUUUUUUAAUUCUCAUUUUCAUUUUACUAAACAUAUGCAAUCUCUCUUAAUAUUAUAAAAGGACCUCGAUUUUGUUUAACUGAUCAUAUGUUGAUUGUAUCCAAUGAUUAUCUCCCCAACAUCUUCAUUUAUGCAUUUAGAAUUAAAUGACUAGAACUUCAUAAUUCCAUGUAGGAACAUAAUGCAUAUUGGUACUUAAUAUGAUUUACUCACACUGAAACUAUAUAACAAAAACAAAGUUAUGGUCUUAUUUAACAUUAGUCAAUGUAAUGAGGACUUUCAGAAGGAGGAGUGAGAAGAUCCUGAAGUAUAUUUUUUAUUUAAUCGAAGUGGAACAAUGUUGUAAUAAAUGACUUUAUAUUAAAGGAUGGUGGUGGAUUUUGAGAGCCCAGUUAACAUUUUAAAAAUCUUCUAAAAUCAAUUUGUUUCAGAGUCGCAAUGUAUUUUUUUUUGUUUUAAUAUCAGAGAACACAUAAUCAGUCAUGGGUAGACAUUAGAAAUUAUGCAAAGCACAUUUAGUUAACUAGGUUUUAUAAUUAUAUUAAACUCUUAACUGAAACUGGAAUCCUUGUUAAUGUUUUGAAUAUCAAUUCUUUUAUGGAGGAUUGUCAUUUUAAGAUUAUGUUAUUAAUUGAAUAAUAAGUUACCAAAAAUUACAUUCCAUUACUUAACUAUAGCAUUACCAUUACCACUGAUUGACAUGCCAAGUUUGUAAUGUGCCAGUGCAUUGCCAUAUGUCUGUUGUUAAAAUUCAAAGUAAUAAAAGGAAGUGAUAAGGGGAUGAAAAGCUCAAAAGAAGAAAUUAAAAAAAAAAAAACACAUUUUGAGUGAACCAAAAUCAUGCUUUCAUGUUUGCCAAAAAAUAAAGAGACAAUUUCUUUUAUGAAAUACAAUAUGAGAUUUAUAUAGUAAAUUUCCUAACUACCCUUAAAAUGUAUGAAAUCUGGUAAAUUAGUCGCACGAUUCCAUCGGGCAUAAAUUAAACAGAUUCUUUAAAACAAACUCUUUUACAGAUGGGUCCAUUUAAACAUUAACAAACUUUCAAAAGAACAUUUACAUAUCAGAAGAUAUAUAGGCCAAAUUUCACUUAAUUUCUAACAUUUCAGUAAAAUUUGAUAAGAGUUUUUAGACUGGUUAUUUCACCAUACAAGUAUCCAACUGUUAGAUGUUAUAUAAGCAAUCCACAUUACUUGACACAGAAGUGAAGUAAUCAAUUUUUAUCACGAAAAAUUCCAAUAAAUCUGAAAAUGGUCUUCAAAUCUUUUGGCAGGGGAAAGAAUUAUUGUUUAUUUUUAUACGGUACCAAGUGAACGCACCUUGAAAAUAUGUAAGCAGCUUUAAAAUUUAUUGUGCAUUUUCAAGGCAAAAAUACGACACCAACUCAAAAAGGGUUUAAGGUACCGUUUAUGUUGUAACAAAUAUAAAGUGAGGUAAGAACUUCCUUACAUUUUUUAAUCUAGUGAUUACUUACUUCACUAUUCCCUGGUGUGACUGAACUUUAUGUUUUCAUUCAGCAUUGAAAUUUUAAAGUUAUUGUAAUUAUUAAACAGAAAAUCAUAAAAUGUCAAAUUUAUUUGUUUACUAAAGUGUAACAUUUUUGUAUUCAAACAUGAAAUGUAACAUUAACUUGUUCAAAUUUUAAUAAUGACCUGUUUUAAUUUAAUCAUGCUGUCUAGGUUAUAAUUCUUUUAGAUGCAUUUGAGUAAAUAAUAGAAUGAGAUGCACUAUUUUCAGGUAAAUAUGCAUGAUGUACUAGGUCUUUGUUUGUGGUCAGGAAUUGUCAAGAGUGAUAUUUUUUUCUUAAAACUGUCAUUAAAAUGAAAAAAUUGAA